AUAGAAGAUUUAUAUUUAAUACACAAGAAUUAUAGGCUAUGUUGUAGAGAGAAAAGUGAUAACUUCACAUUUAACUUUUUAAUGUUAGAAUAAAAAUAAGUAUUGCAAUAACUUUAUAUAAUUUAAUACCUAGUGAUAAAUAUGCCUAUAGCACAACUAUCAGGAAAUGAAGUUCUUACAGAUUCAGCCAAAUCUAAAACUUUUGUAUUCCAGGAUGAGGGACACACAUUAGGAAAUGCUUUACGUUGCAUUAUUUCUAGUUAUCCGGAAGUGCAGUUUUGUGGAUACACAGUUCCUCACCCAUCCGAAUCGAAAAUGCAUUUUAGAAUUCAAAUGAAUAAUGGUAAAGCUAUAGAUGCUUUGAAGAAAGGUCUUGAGGAUUUAGUACAAUUAUGUGAUGUAACUUUAGACAAAUUCAAUGAAGAACUGAAAAAUUAUUAAUAAAUACUAAAGCUCUGAUGUCUUAUAUUUACAGUGAAGACAAUGUAUAUUUAAUUUUGUAAGUAAUUAGAUAAAUACAAUGUUUCAAAGUAGA